UCAACUCGAUAUCACCUGGUGGACCUGGGGGUGGCGAUUACAAGUCCACCGCCACGACCUCACCAUCGCCAUCCACUCGUCGGAUCAGGGCGCAGAGUGCGUAUGGGUACGCCAGCCUCCUCCCUCCUCAGACUCCAUUACAGACUCCUACCAUGGGAACCACCGCGCCGCUAAAACCGAAGUUGAGGUCCCGCUCUUCUGAGCGGCUUUCCUCUGGUACCAGCUCCAUUGGGACGGGAGACGGGAUGAUAAGUGGUGGUCUUGGAGGAGGGGGUACCAAGUUCGUGGACCCUUUGUUGUUGAGGAGGCACCAGCAAAGUCAAGAGGGGUUACAGGUGAAGAUGCCCAUGCCGAAGCCGGUGGGGAAGGUUCCGAUUGGGCAGUUGGUUGCGUUUUUUGAUGGGGAGAAGGGGGGACAUAGGGUGGGUGGGUAG